GAAACUCGUGCUGGGUUGGCGGGCGUUGGUGGCGGCGGGUCAGGUGGCGCCGCUGGGUCCGGCGGCGGCGGAGGCGGCGCGGCAGGUGCUCCGAGGCGCCGCCAUGGCCGCUGCUAGCGGCACGGCCGCCGCACAUGCUGCUGAGGCGGCGGUGGACGAGGAGGCACUGCGCGCCGCUGCGCAGGGGGUGCUGUCUUGUUGCUCCGCGGGUUUGGCGGUGCCGCCGGCGCUGCUGCAGCCGCUGGAGCGCGGGUCGUGCGAGGAGGGGGUGCUGGCGGCGCUGGGGCCGGCGGCGGGCCUGGCGCUGGCGAGGGCCUUCGUGGCGGCCGGCUACCAGCCGCAGAGUGACUGGGUGGACGCAUGGGAGGCUGCCGUCGUCUCCUCCAUGCGCCGUACCUCCCCCGCCCAGCUAACCACCAUGGCGGCGGUCCUGCACUCCCUCGCUCUUCGCGGCGGCGCCGGGGUCCAAGCGGCCCGACCCGACUUUGUGGCGGCGGCGGCACAGCGCCUCCUCGCAACCGGCAUCCCAGCAGCCGUGGGCUCCGCCACGUGCGGCCUGGCGCUGCACCUCGGCGAGCUUGCUGGCGGCGGCGGCCCCUGCGUCGCCCUUCCCGCUGGCGUGAUGGAGGUGGCGGCGGAGCUGCUGGCGGCGGCGACGUCGGCGCUGCCGUCACUGGACACCCCCGACCUGGCGGCGCUGCUGUCGGGGCUGGCCCUGUCUGAGGUUCGCGCCCCGGCGGAGGUUUGGUCGGCGCUGCUGUCUCGCGCCACUGACGCACCCGCCGCAGCGGCCGCCGCCACCGCCGCCGCGCGCCGUGCGUUGGAGGUGGGGCUGCCGUGGGGCAUCAAGCCGGGUGCCUUGGAGCACUUCCUAUCGGUUGCGGGGCAGCACGUGCCUGGGCUGCCGGCGGCUUCGGUGGUUGGCUUGUUGGGCCUGGUGGCGGCGGCGGGCAAGGGAAAGGUACGGCAGGCGUUGCUGGCGGCGGCGUUGACGCGGGUGUACGACAAGGCGGCGACGUUGGGACCACGUGACGCGGCGCUGCUGUUCUCCGUCAUGGAUGCGUUGGCGGUGAACCUUACGGAGCCGCUGGCGGCAAAGGUGAAGACGGUCGCCAGCGGCGGCGCCAGCGAGAGCAAGGAGGGCGUGGAGGCGUUGACGCCGGUUGCCGUACUCCGCCGGGUCGCUGAGGUGGCACUGGUUCCGGAGCGAGUACUGGCGGAUCUGGGUUUGGAAGCCACUGCCAAGCUGGUGGAGGUGGCGGCGAGGCUGCGCCAGUCGGCUGACGCGGCAGCUGCGGAGACGCAAGGGCCGACGUCGUCGGCGGCGGCGGAUGGCCCGGCCGACGUCGUGCCUCGGCAGCAGCUCCUGUCGCUGUUGCAGCUGCUGCAGCCGUCCCUGGCGGCGGCGACGCCUCAGGCCCUGGCGGCGCUGUCUGGCGGCGCCGCAGCCAUGGGGCUGUCGAUGCCACCGGCGUGGCUGGCGGCGCUGCUGGCGGCGAACCUGGCGGCGCUACCGACGCUGGACCCACUCACCUCCGCGCGCAUUGCAACCGCCGCGACGCGUUGCGAGCAGCUGGCGAGGCUUGCGCCGGGCAGCGGCGGAGGCAGCGGCAGCAGCGGCAGCUGGAUCGAGGCGUUCGUUAGGGACAUGGAGCGCAAGCUGGCGGCGGCGCCGCCGACUGCCCUGGCGCUGACGCUGCAGGUGCUGGUGGCGCAUGGAUACCGGCCGUCAGCGGAGUGGACGUCUGCCUUCCUGGCCGCGACGGCGCCGUUCCUGGGGGCGCCGCUGCCGCUGACGCAGGCACAGGCCGCAGGUGCGGCGGCGGUGGCUGCAUCGCUGGCGGCGGGUCGGACGCGAUCGAAUGCCGCCGCCAAGAGCCCGGCCAAGGCUGCGACAUCACAGAAGCCCAGCGGAGCUAACGCUGCUGCGGCGGUGCAGCAGUCCUCUCAGUCCUCAACGUCGGCAAGCACAGCCGCCGCAGGGGCGCCUGCGGCUGCCGCCACGUUCACUCCGGCGCAGCUGUCGCAGCUUGUCGGCGGUCUGACGGCGCUGCAGCUGCAACAGUACGUCACCCCGGGCUGGCUGGCGAUGGCUGUACGGCAGGUCGAGGGCCGCGCCCUGCAGGCGUCGUACCGCGACCUGGCGGAGGCGCUGUACGGCAUUAAGCAGCUGGGCGGUGUCGUACGGGAGGCCGCCGCCAACCAGCUGGUGAUUGUGUCGCAAGCCAAGCUGGCGGCCACGCCGCUGCCGCUGCUGUCCCGCAUGCUGUCGGUGGUGGCGGCGGCGGAGGGGCGCAAGGUGAGCCCCAAGUGGUGGGAGGAGGCGCAGCGGGUGCUGACCUCGCAGCUGAAGGCGGCCUCGGAGAGCCUUACGGCGGGUGCUUCUUCGUCUUCCGCUUCCUCCUCAGCAGUCGCCCGGUUGGAGGAGGUCAGCCAAGCGGUGACGGCGGUGUUGAGGAUGCGGAGAAACAAGGCCGGCGCGGACCUGAGCGCGCAGCUGGCGGCAGCCUUGGCGGCGGCGGUGGCGGUGGCUGACGGCGCCGUCGCGGCGGCUCUGCCGCACGACGCUGCCGUACAGUACGUCCAGGCCUGUACGGAGGUACCGCAGUUGGGCCUUCCGCCGCCCGUGCUGCUGGACCGCUACCUGCGGCACACCGGCCGCCUGCUGGAGAGCUUUGCCGGCGCCGAGGACUCCCGCUCGCCCGAGCUAUCAGCCGCAGAAGCAUCCGAGGCUUCCCAGGCGCCUGCCGACUCGGCCCAGCUGUCCAAGAAGGGCAAGGACAGGGCGCAGUCAAGGCGCUCCCGCGCGCGCGCGGCUAAGCGAGGCGGCGGCGGCGGCGGCUCCUCCGCACUGUCCACCUCCCAGGACGCGCUUCUGCAGCUGCUUCCGUCGGCCCUGGCGGUGGGGCGAAUGCUGGUGGAGUUCACGGAGGAGCAGCGACCCGACACGGCGGUCGAGUGGCUGGGGUCGCUGGUGUCCGCGGCGGUGGAUGCGCGGGCGGCGCUGCCAGCCCCCAGCGCCGCCGCGCUGGUGUGGUUGAUGGCCAAGCUCGACGUUCCCGAGGAGGAGGUCGAAUCGGCGGCAACGCAGGCGAAGAAGCUCGCUAUUUACCAGCCGCUGCUGGAGGUGCUGGCGGCGAGGCUGGAGGGCACUGCGGAGGCGGCGGAGGCGGUUGGCUUGCUUCCGCCGGCUGUCGCAGCAGGGGGUGCUGGCGUGCAGCAGGUGCAGCAGCAGCUGUCCCCGGAUCAGGUGCUGGAUGCGGUGUGGGGGCUGAUGAAGCUGGGGCUGGUGCCCGGACCCAGGCUGCGUCAGGAGGCCUCCCUGGCGCUCUCGCGCCGCCUGACCUCCCUGCCACACGACGUUGCAAUGCCCAUCCUCAAAGCACUCGCGUGGGGCUGCGCAGAUGAGCACCUGCGCACCUGCGACCCCACCGCCGACUUCAACAUCUACCUCCCCGACCUGCCGCCCAACCCCGCCGACGGGCCCCUCGCGGCGGAGCUCAGUCGCUACCUGGACGCCAAUGUGCUGCCCGUCCAGGACAACGAUAAGGCUCUGCUGGAGGUGCUGGACGUCGCUCGGCAGCUGGGCCUGCGGCUGGCGGCACCGCAGGUGGCCGCUGCAUGCGGUCGUCUGGCAGCAGCUGCAGAGCUGGGCACCCUGCGUGGGGAGAAAUUGUUUGCUGGCAUCAUGGCGCUGCGUGCGCAGGAGGCGCAGCCGCCGGCGGAGCAGCUGGAUGCGCUGUCCGCAGCGGUGGUGGAGAACAUCGUGAGCGGGGGUCUGGGUGGGCUGGUGGAGGUGGUGGAGGCGACGGCCGCGCUGUACGACAUGGGCGCGAGGCCGGACGAGGAGUGGAUGGAGGCGGUGCGGGAGGCGAUUGUGGAGGACUUGAACAGCCCGGCGCACGGUACGGGUGAAGGGGGUGUGCCGCGGCGACCGCUGUCGGCGCGCGGGCUGGUGCGGGCGUUCUGGCAGCUGACGCUGCGCAUGGACGGUUCGUUCAUGGUGUUGGCGCUGGCUGCGAGCAAGGCGGUGACGGAGGACCUGGAGGGGCAGCUGGGGAUCACUGGGGAGGGCGAUGAGGAGACGGAGGCGGAGGCGCAAGGGGAGGAGGUGGCGGCGCAGCAGGAGGAGCAGGCGGCGGUGGAGCAGGAGCAGGAAGGUGUGGAGGGCGAUGAGGAGGAUGAGGAGGCGCUGCAAGCGGAGCGGGCGGCGGCGCUAGCGCGGUUGGAUCCCCGGUUACUAGCGCCGCUGGGGCUGCCCGAUGUGGUGCUGCUGCUGGAGGGCCUGGCGGAGGCGGGGCAGCCGGCACCCGAGUCGCUGUUCCCGCUGCUUGAAGCCAUGCUGGCGCCCGCGCUCAGGCAGGCCGCCGCACAGCACCCCGCGGGGGCUUCCCACGCCAGCAGCAGCGCUGCUAGUAGUCGCAGCGGCAGUGGCAGCGGCCCGGCAGUGGUUGCGGCGGGCGGAGCGGAGGCUGAAGCGGCGGCGGAG